AUGGCAUUUGAUUGUUUAUUGCCAAAAGCAGAGACUAAGGUGCAUGAAAAGGGAGAGUACCACGAGAAGAAUGAGAACAUGGAAUAUUAUCUACAAAUGGAAAUAUGGAAGGGCAACAUACGUGGAGCAUUACAGAUAGCACGUGAACGAGACGAGCUUUCUGAUUGGUUGGUCUCCAUGGCACCUCUAGGUUCUUAUGAAAUGUGGCUGACAGCGUGUGAAGAUUACGCCAGACAAUUAGAAGAUGAUGGACAGUACCACAAGAGCUCCACAUAUCUUCUCGCUUGUCAUAAAGUCUAUGAUGCCAUCGAACUUUUCAAAAGACACAAACUUUACAAAGAAGCUGUAGCGUUAGCGAAGGUUCGACUGUCACCCAUGGAUCCAUCAUUUGAAGAUCUGUACACUGAUUGGUCUCAACAACUGAUGAAAGACGGACAGUAUGAACAGGCUGCAAAAUGCUAUGUAGCAAUGAAGAAGAUUCAAGAUGCGGCUAAAGUAAUUGUACGUCGAUGUGACCAAUCGAGUUUAAAGACAGCAGCUCACAUGACUUUAAUAGCCAAUGAGAAACAACAAGGGAUGUUGUACGCUCAGCGUGUCGUCAAUCAGUCUCUCUUGCAGUUUGACUGGCACGAUGCUUAUAAAUUUCUAAAUGAACAUCAAACCACUAAGAUAUUUGUACCGUUUGUCAGCCUACAUGAAUUACUAGUAAAAGAAUUACAGAGUUUAUGUGGUGCAGACGUGAUCAAUCGAAUAUCUGAUGAUAAAUUCAGUGUAUGGGGAGAUAUACCACCCCAGAAUUCCAUUCUGCCAGAUUUCCUAUUGGAUGAAUCUGAAGCAGAUCCAGUGUUGCCAUGGAAACCAGUUUUAUGUGGAAAACAUUCAUUCCCCCACCAUAUAUUACGAUGUUGGUGUGGGAACCUGGAUAUUCCCAUGGAUACCAACAGUCUUAGUAAUAUAUACAAAACAUUGAUCCAUCAUCAGUCUGGUAGACAGGGACUACUCGAUACUAAUCAGAUAAUUCUGCAGGUAUCAAAUGAUCUAACAUUAUUUUUACUGGCAUUGUUAUUGAAUGAAACAUCGGCCGCCAUCAACCAUCUGUUACAAGGUAUCGUCAGUUUACACGACGCUGGACAGAAUAAAUUGAUGAGAGCAGUUAGUCAACUUGUAUUACCACAUGGUCCAAAGUAUUUAUUAAAACUACAACAGGAAGUAACAGCGUUACAUGUUGUCAUGAGUAUAGAUAGCCGUAGUAACAUAGAGGGCGCUUCAAAAGUCAACACCUUAAAGCGAUUGUUGUCAGAAUUAAAAGACGAUGACAACAUAUCAUCCACCGGACACCGUUGUCGAGAACUUGACUGUCUCCGUGCAUAUUAUUAUUUAACAAUUUUACAGUAUAUACACGAGGAAAUGGAAAACUGUCUCAAAUAUGAGUUAAACAAAGGGGAACAACUCUUAAAGUCUUCUGCUGAUGUAGACUCUAAUGAACCAGACGUUUGUGCUCACACUCCAGAAACUGAGGUCGCUAAGGAAGUGGAUUCUGAUUUAGCUCAGUGUGGAUCUGAAGUGGACCCUAGUCAAACUGACCAAUCAAAAUCAGAGCUUUUGACUUCUGCUAAGAGUGAAAGUGCGUCGUCUUCCAAGCAAGCCAAAAGGUACGCCAUGACGGAAACUCUUGGAUAUAUUCAUAAAGCAAUAUCUCAAUGUCUGCUAACGGACAAAGUCAAGGAGAAAAAUGUCAGCGAGAUCAAUCGUCCAGACAUCCUGUUGUGUUCCAAGGGAGAUAAAUCUGAUGGUGACAAUGGUGGGAAGGACGACCAGACGGUCAAAGAAGAUGGACAUGAUGGUGAAGACUAUGGUGACGGAGGAAAACUUGACGUCUCUGACGAGUUCUUAGAACAUACUGACGUAGAAAUGAUGUUGCUGAACGGUUCGGACUCUUCCUCCAAAUCCAGGAAGGUAUUAUGGGAAGACCAACCACCGUUGUAUAUUUGUGACAAGCAUGAAACUGGAUCCCGCAGUUCAAGCUGUCUAUUAAACCCCACCAAGUAUAUUAAUGUUCCUGAUGAAUGGUAUAGUCUACCAGUGGACAAGAAAUAUCUCAUGCCCUAUGUCUCUAUGCCCGUCUUACGAGAGGAGCAGGAAUUUGUUACGUAUGAACUGAAGAGAAUACCAGAUUCACAUGUGCCUUUUCCGAACACUUUCGAAACGGCCAAAAUGUUACUAAAAAUAACCCAGAUGUGUGAAGAAAAGGACAAGAAGAAAAUCAAAGAAUAUCGCAAAAAACUCGUCAAGUGGGCGUUAAAUUUUGCUGUCAACUCAAAACAGAGAGAAGAGUUCUCUGCCCUUAGUCAAGAUUCUGUCAAAGAAAGUGCAGUAUAA